UGUCCCGAGGAGCAAGCGGCCCUUCCGAGCACCCACGUCGAGCCACAGCGCGGAGAUGAUUCGGCUGAAGUUACGAACGAAGCUGGAAAUGGCCAUCAUCGCGAUGUGCGUUCUGUACCUCUAUUCCUGCAAGACGGCGAUCAGAAGGUCCCUCUCCACUUCGAAGCCGCGAGAAUGGGCUCCAGACACUUACAAGAGGAUCCAGGCGGAGGAGGUUCUGGACCCCGAGGAGGAAGCGUCCAUGAAGAAAAUCCUCCAGUGGAACUACUACAACUUCAAGCUGGAGGAGGGCCACGAGCCGUUCAUCAAGCAGGGCUGCCGCUACACCAGCUGCGUUUUCACGAAGGACCGCAACCGCUACCCGCUGUCGCAGCUGGACGCCGUCCUGUGGCACACCAACGCGGCCGACAGCAGCUUCCCGGAUCAGAGCAACAGGUCCCCCCACACCCGGUACAUCAUCGUCACCCACGAGGCCUCGUACCACAUCCGGGGCAUCAAGUCGGGCAGCCUCUCCAGCUACAACGGCGUCUUCAACUGGACCUUGCACUACCGCGGCGACGCCGAUAUUUACGCGCCGUGAGUAAAAAAUGUCUUGGUUCAUUCACUGGGAGGAAAACGUAUUCAUUCAU